UUUUCCCCGGAUCCGCCAUUUCAUUUUUAGAAGUUCCUUGUAACAAGUUAGCUACUGUAUUAUUCAAAAUAGCAUUUUCAAGCAUUGUUUUGACUGUGAUAAUUACAAUAGAAUUUAAAUUCAAAGAAUUGUCGCGCGUGGUACGACGGUCCUUUUACGUAGUAAUAUAAAUAAACGGGCCGGCGAGUUGCAAAUGUCUCCUUUUUCCAAACGUGUUCUACGCGCUAAAGUUUUUGUAUGAGUUGAACGUUGGUUGGGGAUAAGAGGAGGCAAAGGAAAGGCCUGUGAAGCAUCGGCGUAGGAGUGAGUCAUGGCUGGACAUUUUGAUGCAGAGGACCGUGCAAGUUGGUACUGGGGAAGACUCAGUAGGCAGGAGGCUGUUUCUCUCUUGCAAGGACAGAGGCACGGGGUGUUUCUGGUCCGAGACUCGAUCACUAGCCCCGGCGACUAUGUGCUAUCCGUUUCAGAAAAUUCUAAAGUCUCGCAUUACAUAAUCAACAGCAUCAGCAACAACCGCCAGUCUGGUUCAGGUUUGGCUGCUCCAAGGUUCCGUAUUGGGGACCAGGAGUUUGAGGCCCUCCCCGCCCUGCUUGAGUUCUAUAAGAUCCAUUACCUGGACACCACUACGCUGAUUGAACCAAUCAUCAGGUCCAAACAUCUCUCCCUGGUUAGCGGCCCUCCUCCUCGGCUAGAGGAUGAGUUUGUCCGAGCGCUCUUUGACUUCCCCGGGAACGAUGAUGAGGACCUCCCUUUCCGGAAGGGUGAAGUGCUGCGUGUGCUGGAGAAGCCUGAGGAGCAGUGGUGGAAUGCCCAAAACGGAGAGGGCCGAGCUGGCAUGAUCCCUGUACCCUACGUGGAGAAGUACCGGCCGGCCUCCCCCACCUCGACAGCAGGGGCAUUAACAGGGGGCUCUAGUGUGGCAGGAGGGUCUAUAGGAAACACAGACAACCCUGGUACCCCCCAGCCUGGCCUUCCAUUGUUGGGGGACCCCAGCCAGUACGCCCAGCCCACAUCCCUACCAAACCUUCAGAACGGCCCAGUCUACGCCAGGGCUAUUCAGAAGAGAGUGCCCAAUGCAUAUGACAAGACUGCCUUGGCCUUGGAGGUGGGAGAUAUGGUUAAGGUAACCAAGAUCAAUGUAAACGGCCAGUGGGAGGGGGAGUGUAAAGGCAAGCGUGGUCACUUCCCCUUCACACAUGUCAAGCUGCUGGACCAACACCACCCAGAAGAGGAGCUUAGCUGAGACUGACUCCUUUCCUCCCUCACCUCUCCAAGUUACACACCCUUACUCCACCUAGAGACACGCUCCUCCAUCAAUAAGACCCCUCCUUCUCAUGACGUCGCAGCACCACACCUUUGGUUCCCAUUUACCUUCUAAGAGCCUCAUCAUCAUUAGCACUGUCACUCAAUUCACAUGUAUUUACACAACUUUAGUUUCUUGGUUAGCUCCCUUAGAGAAGUACAAAUACACACUGACAAUAAUCUGCUGCUUGUGAUUGGCUGGUAGAAAACAGCUUUGACCAGAAGAGGAAACUGGUUUAAAGGGAGAGAUGGGGGGGACAGGAUUGUAAUCAGAGAUGUGCUAAGGUGAAGUUUACCUAAGGCGUGGGUCCAGGAUCAGACCGUCUUCCUUAAAUCCUAACCUGAGUGAAAAGUCAUAGCUGCCUCCAGGUCAGCCGCUAGACACUGUUGUACUGUCAAGGAGAGGAGAUACACUACAUGGAAAUAAACUCUUAAAACAUAUUCACUACAACCUGGACCAAGUACACAUAGUCUUUUGUAAGAAAUAGAACAUGUUGUUAUGAAAUUAUGUAUUAAUAUGACUACCAUAACAUGCUAAAAGGUUUUUACUCUUUGUGGCACAUUCUUGUUUUUUUAUUUUUUUGUCUUUUGGGAAAUGGCAGACAACCUCUACUAGGCUCCAUCUCUUCACUGGUGCCUGGCCAUGAAUGUACCUCUACUGCAAAUUGAUCUCUGUGAUCUUUCAGUAUUUCAUCUGUUUUCUGGAAGUACUUUACCUUUUAAUAAGAAUUGUAGGAAAUGCAUUGUGAAGUAAGAUC